AUGUGUUUCGUUUUUCACAAAUCCUUAAAUGAUUGGUUGUUGGAUGAUCGAAAACAUGAUUACUCAGUAAAAACUUCUUGUGGUAAUCGACUUGUUUUGGAAUUUUGUUUAAAAUCUUUGGAUAACCUCAAAGCUGAAGGCGUAAACUAUGACGUCAUUAAACAUGUGACAGUGAGGUAUUCAGUCAAGUAUUGGUUGCUUCAUUUACUUGAUAUUUCUGAUAAUGAUUAUAUCGUUGAAAAUGUUGGUAAAUAUCUUGUUGACUUGGAAGUUUUAGUUGCUUCUAUUUUGGUUGACUCUCGUCGUACUUUUGAAAAUUUUAAAUUAUUCAACGCACAUGAUGUGUACUUUCAUAUUUCUGAGGACAUUCGAUUGUUAUUUAAUGAAGUUUAUUCUGUAAUGACGUACUCUAUGCUCUUUGACAGUGAAGUAAUUUUUUUGCAAAACGUUGCCAAUGAAGUCAAAGAUCUGUCGUCUCAAGCCACCACAAUGCUUCAAACACGUUUCAAAUAUUCACCAUAUCUAGAGUGCAGAGACACGGGUUUUGUAAAAGCUCGAUUAUUACGUUUAUUUCAUUUUUUGAAGUCUGUUGAUGUUUCACGAAAUCAUGAUUACGUCGUGUGUGGUUAUCUUGGGUUCGUCGUGCAACUUUUUUCAUUGAGAACAAGCAAAUGCUUAUGGAUAAAAAAUAUUGCAGGUCAGUUUAAGAAAUAUGAAGAGGAAGAAUUUUGCGUUGUCUUUCAUCCAUCCGAAGAUAUGAUAUUUGCUUCCCAGCUUGAUAAGAUACUAGAUAUUAAUGGUAAAAUUUCGUCCAGUCCAUUCCAUUGUGAUGAUUCUACUUCUAAGUUCUUUACUAACAAAUGUUUUUCUAAGGAUAAGUACACAAUGGUCACUAGUUACAAAGAUACUUUGACAGUAUGGGACGUUGAGAAAGGUGAGAAGAAACGCAGUAUUGGAUGUAAUAAAGUAACCUCACUGUGUUUUUCUAAAUCUGGAAGGUAUUUGUGUGUUAUUAGAAAAGAAAGAGUGGUUCAAAUAUUUAAUGUAGCGAAUAAUUAUGAAACAUUCGUUUACGACAAUCAUUUACCGUCCGGUAAUUCAUAUGAGCCUGGUGUUUUGGUGACUGUUGGUCGUCAUUCUUGGUGUUAUUACGGGAAUAAAAAUUUCAUUGUAAAUCCCACUGGUGAGAAACUUCCCGACUUAGAUCUUGAUCAUAAUUAUUUUUUGUAUCCUCUUGAUCCUUUCGAUUACGACAGAUCAAUGUUUUCCGAUCUUUAUAAAGAAUUACAUGGUUUUAUGUUGAACAAAAGCAAUGUUCUUUAUUCUGAUUCUUUUUUUCGAGUUGACUUACAUUUUUUUUGUAUGAUGCCGCGCGCAUGUUCAACUAACAGUUACAGUUUAGGUAACGAGAAAUUUUGCUCUAAUGGAAAAUUUCUUUAUCGGAGCAAUGAAGAAAAUUCAAGGUUAAUUAUAUACAAUCUCAACACAUUUGAAUUUGUUGUCAAGGAAUGUAUUUUUAAUGACAUGGUUGCUGUAGAAAAUGGAGUUAUUUUGAUUACGGCAAAAAAUAUUCCGGAGCUUUGGAACUAUAAAUUGACAAAACUUGUUUAUAGUUUUGAUGAACUAGAAGGUACAAACAAAAUUUUUGAGAGACCGCAGUAUACGAUAAUGUCAACAUUUAGAGAGAUCAUGUAUAAAAGCUGAAGUUAAUCAACAAAAGAGGAAAAUUCAAUGACAAUAAAGACAAACCGUAAACACAAAUGAUUUUGUGUCUAAGAUAAUAAUGUUCCUUGCACAAGAAAGUAAAUUUAUGACUUUCAUCUUAUCACACAAACAUAUAAAAUGCAAACUAUUGUUAGUUAUAGUACCAUAGGUUAUAUUUUGUUUAUAUCUACACCAUGUAAACAUAUAAUGUUUAUGCAAAUGUAUUCAGUGUAGGAUGGUGUUAAUAUUACACGUUUAUUGAUACUCUUUUACACCAAAAACAAGUUGUUACUAGUUAAAUCAAUAUUAUCUGAAAUACUUUCUUAAUACUUUUUUAUUAUUGCAUUUUGAUAUACAAAAUAUCUAUGUGUUAAGUUGUUAAGAGAGACAAAGACAGCCCAAUUGUUACUACGGUUAUAUGAAUAUUUUAAUCUUUAUCAAUUUGAAAAACGUAAAUUUAUAAUAAAACAAUGGUACAUUUGCUAAU